AUGGAGCCUGUAUCUGAAGAACUCCACCCUCAGGACGCUGAGCUCCAGCACCCCGCUGCACAGCCACCCUUCCCAGAGAAGACCUGUUUUGGCUUGGACUCAGAGAGGGAGAAGGGGCCAGAGCCCCAGAGCACAGGGGAGAAGCGCAAGGAAACUGAGGCCUGGGGUGACAGCAGCUUCGCAGACCAAUCAGAUUUAGGAAACAGCUUUGAGGAAGAUGAAGACAGAGGCUGGAAGAGGCAGAGGAGACAGGAGGCCCGUCUGCCCCACACAACAGGGAGCCCCUCAGAUGCGAAGUGCAAUGGGGAGAAUUUAGAUGCCACUCUCCCAGAGAGCCCUGCCUCUGGUCACCGCAGCUGCAGUGAAGAGGCCCACAAGGACUCCUCUUCCCAAAGAGCUCAGAGGAGGUCCCUGUCGCCUGAACCCCAGUGCACCCCAGUGAACAAGAAGGUCAAGUCCCAGUCGCCUGGACCCCAGCGCAGCGCUCUUCACAAGCGCCCAUCUCUUCACAAGCGCCCAUCAGAUCACAAGCGCCCCUCUCUUCACAAGCGUCCCUCUCUCCGCCGAGGCCUGGUGACAACCCUGCGCUGCCUGUCCCAGGCCGUGUAUGAGGACGUGGUGCAGGCACAGAGGCAGCAGCUCUGCACCCCACUCUCUUGCGAGCACCUGGCCCUGCUCACCCAGCUCCAGGUGCCCCUCACAGGCCUGGUGCAGACCCUCUACUCCAUGGCCAGCCAGGCGGCCUGGGCCUUCCCUGCUGAAAGCUGGAUGGUGGCCCGCUCCCCCACGGCCCGAGCUGCCGGAAGCGUUCAGAAGGAAGUGGGACCUGCUGUAACCAGCCUGGUGAUGUCCGAGAGAACUGCGGUGACCCAUCACUAUGAAGAGAUUCAAAAGCCUCAGGAAAAUAAACUCUGGGUUACCGGGACAAUGACCAACACUGACAUUCCCUGCUACAUGAGGUCGGACCCCUGGAAGUCUCAGGACGGGCAUGUUCUUCAGUGA